AUGCAGACCCGGAAUCUCCUCCUCGCCGCCUCGAACCUGGCCCUCGGCCUCGCCGCCCCGGCUUCGCCUCCGGCCCCUCUCCCUGCCUACAAUCUUCUCUCGUCCCGCGAGACGCACUUCAACGCCAGCCUGCCCAACAUCACAAUCUUCGCCACGGGCGGCACCAUCGCCGGCUCCGCGGCUUCCAACGCCCAGACGACGGGCUACCAGGCCGGCGCCCUCGGCGUCGACAUCCUCAUCGACGCCGUCCCCGAGCUCCGCAACGUCUCCAACGUGAGCGGCGUCCAGGUCGCCAACGUCGACUCGGGGAGCAUCACCCCGGCCAUCCUCCUGAACCUCACCCGCCUCGUCCAGGAGGCCCUCGACGACCCCUAUUGCCAGGGCGCCGUCGUCACCCACGGCACCGACACCCUCGAGGAGAGCGCCUUUUUCCUCCAACUCGCCGUCCGGAGCGAGAAGCCCGUCGUCGUCGUCGGCGCCAUGCGGCCCGCCACCGCCAUCAGCGCCGACGGGCCCAUCAACCUGCUCGAGGCCGUCACCCUCGCCGCCAGCCCUGACGCCCGCGGCCGCGGCACCAUGGUCGUCCUCAACGACCGCAUCGGCAGCGCCUUCUACACCUCCAAGACGCACGCCAACUCCCUCGACACCUUCCGCGCCGUCGAGCAGGGCUACCUCGGCUUCUUCCUCGACAUCAAGCCCGUCUUCUACUACCCGCCCGUCCUGCCCCUCGGCCACGUCUACUUCAACGUCUCCGCGGCCACGGAGCUGCCCCAGGUCGACAUUCUCUUCGGCCACCAGGCCCUCAACCCGGCCAUCGCCAAGGCCGCCGUCGAGAGCGGCGCAAAGGGCCUCGUGCUGGCCGGCAUGGGCGCCGGCGGGUGGACCACGCCCGGCAGGGAGGCGCUGAAGACGCUCGCGCAGGAGAACAACACCCACAUCGUCGUCUCCAGCCGCACCAUGGGCGGCUUCGUCGAGGACAGCGACGCGCCCAACACGUACGGCGGCUGGAACCUCAACCCGCAAAAGGCUCGCAUCAUGUUGCAGCUUGCUCUGUACUCGGGGUACGUCUCUGAGCAGCUCGAGACGCUGUUCAAGUAUGCGCCGUAG